AUCCUGUUCUGCACUUCAGCCAUAUUGUCAGCUUACCUCACCGCUAUCGACAUUCUUCAUUCGUAUUUGAUAAAUGUAAGUAUAUUUGGGAAAUUACUUCUGGGUGAAAAUCGUUCAUCAGUGCUUAAAGCGUAUUAUCACCAUAAAAUUAUCUCCCCAGAAAGUUUCAUAAUAACUACACCCUUAAGCCGGCAUUUUCUCUUUCAGUCAACUUCUAAAGGAACAUUAUGGCCGAAAACGAGAAUGAACUUUUAGAUUAUGAAGAAGUUGUUGAUGAAAAUGGAGCCGAUGUUGAUGGUGGAGCUGUAUCUCAAGAUAAGAAGGAUGUUAAGGGAACCUACGUUUCUAUCCACAGCAGUGGUUUUAGAGAUUUCCUUCUUAAACCAGAAUUAUUAAGAGCAAUUGUUGAUUGUGGUUUUGAGCAUCCUUCAGAAGUGCAACAUGAAUGCAUUCCGCAAGGAAUUUUGGGAAUGGAUGUGCUAUGUCAGGCAAAGUCUGGUAUGGGUAAGACGGCAGUGUUUGUUCUUACUACUCUGCAACAGUUAGAGCCUAAAGAUGGACAGGUAUCUGUCCUUGUUCUUUGUCAUACAAGAGAAUUGGCAUUCCAAAUCAGCAAAGAAUAUGAGCGUUUUAGUAAAUACAUGAAUAGCAUUCGCAUUGCUGUAUUUUUCGGUGGAAUGUCUGUUAAAAAAGACGAAGAUAGUUUAAAGAAAAACACACCACACAUUGUAGUCGGUACUCCAGGACGAAUUUUGGCUCUUUCUCGUAGUGGAACUUUGAAUCUGAAGCACAUUAAACACUUUAUUUUGGACGAAUGUGAUAAGAUGCUUGAGGCAUUAGAUAUGAGACGAGAUGUACAAGAAAUUUUCCGUGCGACACCUCACCAAAAGCAAGUGAUGAUGUUCUCUGCUACGUUGUCGAAGGAUAUUAGGCCAGUUUGCAAGAAAUUUAUGCAAGAUCCUUUGGAAAUCUACGUUGAUAACGAUUCAAAACUGACAUUACACGGGCUUCGUCAACACUACGUUAAACUCCAGGACAAGGAAAAGAAUCGUAAAUUAUUUGAGCUUUUAGAUGUUUUGGAAUUCAACCAAGUCAUCAUCUUCGUCAAAUCAGUUCAACGCUGCAUGGCAUUGGCUCAACUGCUCGUGGAACAGAACUUUCCAGCAAUUGCGAUCCACCGUCAGAUGACUCAGGAAGAGCGUUUAUCUCGUUACCAACAAUUCAAAGAUUUUCACAAGAGAAUUCUCGUUGCAACAAAUUUAUUUGGGCGUGGUAUGGAUAUUGAACGUGUGAACAUCGUUUUUAAUUACGACAUGCCUGAAGACUCUGAUACAUAUUUGCAUAGAGUUGCAAGAGCAGGCAGAUUUGGUACGAAAGGUCUCGCGAUUACUUUUGUUAGUGAUGAAACAGAUGCGAAAGUAUUGAACGACGUGCAAGAGAGAUUUGAUGUCAAUAUUACUGAAUUGCCGGAGGAAAUUGACAUCUCUACGUACAUUGAAGGACGAUAA